UAUAGCCAUGCGAAUCCGAAUGAUGCUUCAUUAAAAUUAAUGAACGAAACUAUAACCGGAAUCCGCGAGUCUUUUUCAUUCUCAUCUGAAUCCGUUAAGGUUUGUCUUAUUCCCUCUUACGUCUCCAUUUCGGCCUACACGGCACGAUUUAAUAAUUAUUUGCAAGGGCAUCUCGAUGCUGUGGGUAGAAAGGAUCUAACCAGUGCCGAACGACUUUUGUUCCUCUAUUCCGAGGCUUGUCAGGCUAGAUAUGCUCCUGGAAAAUCUUAUUAUAUGCCCUUCUCGGCUCCAACUUUGGCUUGUCUCACUCUCGCUUCAGGUCUGCCUGCUAGGGUAGUUGAGCCUGGCCCUUGGGACGAUCUGGCCCUCUCUCGUUCUACUCACACAACACCUUCCGCUCUAUGGACUCAUAUUGCAUUGACUUCUGCUGCAAUGCACCAUUCUUUUGGACAUAGGUAUUUUUAA